AUGAAAGUUUUUGUAUCAAAGCUAAUCAUAAGCAGCUUUGAUGAAAUAAAUUACAACGAUAAUGACUUCAAAGGAUUUGAGGAGAUUGUGAUUGAUGAACUGGUAUUUUUUGGAAAGAUUCCUGUUAUGGUACAUUCUAAAUUUUGCUCUUUAUCUGAUUUGACCUUUGAGGAACUAAAAGAACAUCACGAGUGUCCAUAUGAUCAGCGUAUAGGCUUUUACACUCUGCUCUUGAACGUCGUCGAACUUGAUGAUCGAGAUCAUUUGGAAAAAACACCUUGA